UGCAAACGAAAGCAAGCAGUCUUACUCUUCCUCUCACUCACGAUUGCUUGCUCCUCCACCCACUCCCAGCCGCAGCUCCUCCACCCACUCCCAGCCGCAGCUCCUCCCUGCUCCACCAGCACCGGCAGCCGCUCCACCCAUGCACAAAGCAGCAGCCGGCAGCAGCCCUGCUACUCUCUCGCCCAAAACAGCAGCUGUUGCUGCAUUUCGUGCACCCCCACCAGCAGCAACGGCUGUCUGCACCGCCACCAAGGCCCACCGCAACGCCUUGUCCCUCCUAUGCCACCACCACUACAUUAAACACUUGUCUUCUCACCCCUCUUUUCUUAUUUCCCCAUUGCGCUCAAUUCAUAAGAGGUUCAAUUCAUAAGAGGAAGGUAGAACUUUAGUUGGGUGACUUUUGUGACUUGUGGUCGUGCAGCGAAGCUUACAGGUACGUACACGCAGUAACGAACCCUUAUGUACAAUUUUCUUUAAGACAUUACUGUUUAUUGUGAUAAUAUGCAUUGUAUCGAAACUAUGAGGUACUGGUGAAUACACUUUAUAUGAAGAGCUAUUGACUAUGAAGUCCUUGCGCUUAGAAUAGUUAUAGAGAAUGAGAGUGUUAGUAGGAGGUGGGGACCACCCCCUUAUUUAUUUAAGAAUUGGAUUAUGCCUUACUUGGAGUUAGAAUGACUCCUUUAUAGGUGAAUUUCAUAUUUUGUUGAGUGGCUCAGUGGGUUUUAGCGUUCUGCUAUCCCAGGGCGUUCAUUAAUAGUCGAAAGCGGGAGUUAUUCCCAUUUGAUAAAGUAUUAGAUUGUGAUUAGUUGGCGUGAUUCAACUAGAUUAUGUCCGGUUGAUUUAGUAGUCCCCUAGGUGAGAUCCGACGGAAUCACCGUAAGGGGGGGUAUGAGCAUGCUUUUAUCAUUGGGUGCCGGAUGACCGAUACCGCCCCUUGACCGAGGUGUUACCAUGCGGGCCUUGCAAACCCUAAUAUGGUGGCCUCUUCACUGGUUUAGUACCCCAGUGUGUUAGUUUUUCUGAAGGUAGGACCCGAGAGGGUUAGCUGGAGGGGGCAUGAGCUCAUACUAUGCCAUGGGCGCCGAAUGGCCGAUAACGCCCUUGGCCGUGUCACUAUGCCAUGAAGUGGAGAAAAGAUCCACAAAUAGAAUGUUACUCAUCGAUAGAAAGUUUAUUCAUUCAUAGAAAGCUUACACAUUGAUAGAACGUUUACUCAUUGAUAGAAAAUCUAUUCAAUGAUAGAGUAGUUUAUGCUAGUGAGAAGUGCGCCUAAGUUAAGUUACCUCAAGGGAGUUAACAGUCCCAAAGAUGGACUGUAAUCACACUUAGUCUAAGAAAGACAAGCUCUAUAAGGUCAUGUGUUAGGUAGUCUGUUAUUGCUUUGUCUGAGUUGAUACUACGCGUGUUUUGCAAGAGUUUAUGUUUUGAGAAGAGGAGUGCGAAGACCUGUAUUCUACCCCAACAGCACAUGGUUCGGGUUGGAAAGAGCGUAAUGAGAUUAAGAAGUAUAAGUAGCCGAUAAACGGUUACUAUCUGUGCUUUUGUCUUAUGAAAUCAUCUUAUGUUGUUGUAUAAUAUAAUGUUAUCUAGUAGUUGGCCUUAUUAUUUGUGAUGCUAGUUACUGACGUGUACAUGUUUGUGUUUAUGUUUGAUUGUUGAUGACUUUCUUUAAUUGUCCUACUAUGACACAUUGACCUUUGGUCUAAUGUCGAGUAGCAGGAGGAUCAUAGACAGACAUAGCAGGUAUUGGAGUUUCUUUUGCAUUGAGGAAGUACUCCUGUGAGUCCUGUCCUUCGUGCUCCAUUCGUUAAAAUUUGUUCUGCUAUCCUUUUCCCGCCAUCUUCAAUGUCAUAGCUCCAUUUUCAUCAAGCUCAAACAACUCAGUUUUAUUCAUGUUUUCCGUCGCUCAACAAGAAUUUUCCUUAAACAAUCAUCAUAGUUAGUUGGUGUCUAUGACUUUACUUACAAGAUCCCAUGUCAGGAGAUUCUUUACUGGUUUAGCUAAAAUUUCCACCGAUUUUCCCUGGUCUUCAGUUAUCAUAUGGGAGAAGAACCCAUUAAAACCACCAACCCAAGUUUCACAUUUGUGGGAAGUUAAUGCCCAAAUCAAAAACCUUGUGGGUGUUGGUCAUUUUGAAGCUGCACGGAAACUAUUCGAUGAAAUGCCCCAGAGAGAUGUGAUUUCUUGGACUAAUAUAAUUUCUGGGUAUGUCAAGGCCUCAAACUACGAUGAAGCGUUGCAUUUGUUUUCCAGAAUGUGCGUCGAACCAUGUAUUAGUUUGGAUCCCUUUGUACUAAGUAUAGUAUUUAAAGCUUGUGGACUUAAUAAUAGUUUAUUUUUUGGGAAAAUUUUGCAAGGGAUUUGUGUUAAGAAUGGUCUUGUUAAAUCUGUGUUUGUGGGAAGUGCACUUGUAGACAUGUACGCUAAAUGUGGUGAUAUUUCGGGUAGUUGUUUGGUGUUUGAUGAGAUGCCGGAGAAGAACGUAGUUUCAUGGACGGCCAUCAUAACUGGUUUGGUGAAGACUGGACAUUGCAAAGAAGGGUUAAUGUAUUUUUCUGAAAUGUGGAGCUCUGGUUUACAUUGUGAUACAUAUAGUUUCGCCAUUGCAUUGAAGGCUUGUGCUGAUUUAUUUCAUCUAAAAUGCGGUAAGGAAAUACAUACACAGGCAAUUAAAAAGGGUUUUGUUUCGAGCUCUUAUGUGGCGAACACUAUAGCUACCAUGUACAAUAAAUGUGGGAAGCUGGAUUAUGGGAUGUACUUAUUUGGAAUAAUGAGAACCCCUGAUGUGGUGGGAUGGACCUCACUGAUUACUUCCUAUGUACAGAUGGGUAAAGAAGAUAUUGCAGUCCAACAGUUCUUGAGAUUGAGAGGUUCAGAAGUGAAGCCUAAUGAAUACACAUUUGCAGCAGUUAUUACUGCUUGUGCCCAUCUUAAUAAACCCAUCUGGGGUGAACAAUUGCAUGCUCAUGUCAUUAGUGUUGGUUCUAUAGAUGCGUUAUCAGUCGCCAAUUCCGUCAUGACAUUGUAUUCAAGGUGUGGUAAAUUGAAGUCAGCAUCUUUGAUUUUUCAGUCGAUGGCUACAAAAGAUAUUGUUUCAUGGAGCAGCAUAAUUACAGGAUAUUCUCAAGCUGGAUAUGGCAAGGAAGCGUUCGAUUAUUUUUCUAGGAUGAGAAGGGAAGGGCCAAAACCUACUGAAUUUGCUUUUUCUAGUCUGCUUAGUGUUUCUGGAAGUAUGGCGAUUCUAGAGCAGGGUAGGCAACUGCAUGCUUUUAUUAUGAAAGUUGGAUUAGGACAUACAUCUUUGGUACAAAGUGCGCUGAUCACUAUGUAUUCAAAAUGUGGAAGCAUAAGUGAUGCUUCACAAAUUUACAGUGGUGCAAGAAAGGAUGAUGUCGUUUCUUGGACGUCCAUGGUAAAUGGAUUCGCUGAACAUGGAGACAGUUUAAAAGCUUUAGAAUUGUUCGAUAAAAUGCUGCAAGAUGGUUUGAAGCCAGAUGGUGUGACAUUCGUCGGAGUCCUUUCUGCUUGUAGCCAUGUGGGACUUGUAGAUUUGGGUUAUCAUUAUUUCAAUUCAAUGACCCAGAAGUUUCAGAUCAGCCCCUAUAGAGAACAUUACGGAUGCAUGAUUGACCUCUUAUGCAGAGCUGGAAGGCUAACAGAAGCUGAGGCUAUGAUAAACUUCAUGCCAUAUGAAGUAGAUGAGGUUAUCUGGACAACCUUAUUGAGGGCAUGUAGAAUUCAUGGUGAUGUUGAGCGAGGCAGACGUGCUGCUGAAAGGAUUCUUGCGAACAAUCCCCAUUGCGCAGGAACACUGACAUCCUUAGCUAGCAUUUACUGUGCUAAAGGGAAGUGGAAAGAGGCAGCGGAUAUUAGAAAAUUAAUGAGAUUCAAAGGAGUCGUAAAAAAGGUAGGAGCUUCAUGGAUUAAGGUUAAGAAUGAGGUUUCAACAUUUGUUUCUGGGGAUUAAUCACAUCCCCAUGGUGACUAUAUCUACAAUUAGCAGUCAAUCCAAGGAAAGAGUUUGUGUUUAUCUUUUUGGAUGCAGUCAUUGGUUUGCACUUGCUAGAUAUCUUGAACACGAUGCAGAUGGAUCGUCACAGGUGGAUUUAAAGAAUGAGAUUAUAACUGGGUGGAAGAUAUGAUGCACACGUUUUGAAGGAUGGAGACAUAGGCCUUAACUCUCCAUUUAUGUGGCUACAGAGAGGUUGGAGAUCGCUGUAUGUCAUCGUUAAAUUUUCAAGGUUAUGGAUUUAAUCCCUGGAUGCAGCCAAGGCUAGACCCUACAGUGCUGGGUCUACAACCUGAUAUAUUUCAAACAAUGGCGUCUUCUGCUAUACAAGAUCCUCGGGGUUUGGAGAAACGUCCCAACCAAUCUCUUCCGCAGUUCCAGCCAAAUCAGAAUGUGUCUUACCAGCAAUCAUCUCUAAUUCAAAAUCAAUUUUUACAGCAAGUUCAGUCACAGCAAACCUUAGCACGGAGCUUUCAAGAAAGCCAAACAGUGGCUCAAAAUCAAGUCCACGGUCAGCUCUUGCAGCAGCAAAUGCAAAAUUUCCGUCAAUAUGAUGGUCAGCAGUCGCAACAGCAGCAACUUCCUCAAUUUGAACAGCUACGCAAUCAAUUUUCCGAUCAACAGAAAAUCCCAAAGGUUAUCAACAAGACUCAUUCUUUUGGGUCAUCCACUCAGUCCUUACCUACAUCCUUGGAAACUAUAUCUUCUGCGUGCCCACAACAACUGUUUUCGAACUCUAUCAUGAAUUCUUUGACUCCAGCUGACAUUUCUCUGAUGCAAAGUCUGUUAAAUUCGUUCUCGCAAGAUGGUGGAUCUCGUCAAGUCACUUUACCUGACUCUAAUCCUUUGGUAUCUUCAUCUCCCAUACUUUCAAAGCGAGUUGCAGUCGACCCUCAGCUUUCUCCCAGUACCGCUUCAUGUCCUCUGCCUCAAGUAGAAGACUUGGGUGGAUCACAAACUAGGCUCUCUGAACUCUCUUCUUUGUUGCCACCUUUGCCCACUAAGGAGUUCUUAAUAUACCAUGGCAUUGGUGAUUCACAGAACAAUCUGUUAUUUGGAGUGAAUGUUUAGCAGAAUGAGCCGAUAAACCUCAGAAGUAGUAACAAUGAGACUAACUCAUUUUCCAUACCAUUUGCUUGUUCCGAUUUUCCUAGUGCUGCAGGGACUGAAUUUCCACCUGCUUUGGAGAUUAUGACUACUAGCUGUGUUGAUGAAGCAGGAUUCUUGCGGCCAACGGAAAAUGAUGGUCAAGCAAACCUACCUAGUGGAACCUUUAUAAAGGUCCACAAAUCAGGGUCCCUCGGGCGUUCACUGGAUAUAUCCAAAUUUAGCAGGUAUCCGGAGCUGCGCAGUGAACUUGCUCAAAUGUUUGGUCUAGAAGGCCAACUGGAGGACCCCCUGAGAUCAGGCUGGCAGCUUGUAUUUGUUGACCGUGAGGAUGAUGUUCUCCUGCUUGGUGAUGAUCCUUGGCACGAAUUUGUUAACAAUGUGUGGUACAUCAAGAUCCUAUCCCCUCAAGAAGUACAGCAGAUGGGUAUAGAGGGUUGUGAUCUUCGGCAUGCUAUGUCAAGGCCCAAACAUCAAAACAAUUUCAAUAGCUGUGAUGAAUACUCAAUUCAACAGAACUUGAGACAUAAUAGCAAUGGGAUGGCAUCUUUAACCUCUCUUGAUUACUAAUGACAGGAUGCGCCGCCCAAUUGCUGAGGGUGCACCUAUAACAAAAGCACCAAGCUCAGUAGGGUGGGUGGCUUACAAGCAGAGGCCUAAAUUAAUUUGUAUCUUCACCCUUAGCUCUGAACUUCGUGUUUCAUUCUCCAGGCGAGCUUUUAUGAAAUCGAAUUGAACAUUGAGCAGCUAAGUUUAAGGUUAUAGCGCAUAAUGCGAGCAGCAGAACCCUGUAAAUUAAUCUGUGUGGCAUCCCCUGAACUACUGUGGGGUGAGGUCACAUGACUUGACUUCCUAUAAGUAGGGCAAUAUUCUGCAGAUGUAACAACUCGAACAAUUCCAUCAUCAUUGUAUUAUUAUUGUUGUGGCUAGCAUUGUUUACUA